CACACAAACUUUUUCCAUCUUUGUUUCUUCUCCACGAUGGCAAAACUCCUCAUCCUUUUCACUAUUUUCUUCUCCACCAUAGCCGCCGUCGCGGCCUCCGGCUCCAGCGGGGAAUCCCACCGUUUCUCCAGGAACCUUUCUCCGGAAUCGAUGGGCCUCAAGGAAGAGAAGCUCAGCCACCUUCACUUCUACUUCCACGACAUCAUCAGCGGCCCGAAACCCACCGCCGUGAGAGUCGCUGAGGCCGCCAUGACCAACAAGUCGGCGACGGUGUUCGGCGCGGUGCUUGUGAUGGACGAUCCCUUGACUGUGGGACCCGAGCCCAGCUCCAAGCUGGUAGGAAGAGCCCAAGGAAUAUACGCAUCGGCGUCGCAGGAGGAAAUGGGCUUGUUGAUGGUGCUGAAUUUUGCUUUCAUGGAGGGCAAGUACAACGGCAGUACUCUCAGUGUUUUGGGCCGAAACACUAUCUUUUCAAAGGUGCGGGAGAUGCCGAUCGUCGGCGGCAGUGGGCUUUUCCGUUUUGCUCGUGGGUAUGCUCAGGCGAGGACUCGCACCUUCAAUCUAGAGGUUGUUGUGGAGUAUAAUGUUUAUGUCUUUCAUUACUGAUUCCUGCAAUUCUGUCUUAGCUUUUUCUUUGUUUUCUUUCCGAUAAUUUUAUGCUUUUUCGUUUUUUAAUUUGGACAUCAUGAAUGGGAAAAUUUUAAAUUAUUUGCUUA